GUGAGACGUGUUUGUGGUCAGAUCUCUGCCUUCGUAUUGGUUUAGGACUCAGACUCACGGUGAGGAGGAGGAGGAGGAUGGUAGAUGCUUUACACUCCAUCUGUUGUCAGUCACACUGAUAAACCUGCAGCCUCAUGACACUGCACUCUGCUUCUCAACCAAAAAGGAGAACUUGAAGGCUGAUCUCUUAGGAUUGCUGCUAAACUCAACAGGAACGUAAUUUUUCUCAGCCCCACUUGGAUUGACAGCUUUACUUUCUCCAGCUCUUUAGAUUCUGGAUUCUGGAGAUUGGAUACUGAGAUCUGAGUUUUUAAUUUUUUGCUUUAAAAGGGAGUGUGUCAUACAUCUGGGCUUACUUCACCAGCACCUUUAUUGGGAAUUUCCCCUUGAAGUUUUCUGACUUUGUGCUGUUGGGAUGACCAAAAGUGGAGGAGGAGAGACAUUGUAGGAGUUGUUGCUGUUUCUCUGUGUUGCUGAGUUGCUGUUUCUCUUGGAGCUGUGUGCUUCACUCCAAGGGCCAGUAAUUGAGCUGUUAACCACCAGCAGUAACGGUGGGGUCCGUCAGGCGCCUGGGACGUCACGGUGGGCGUGGAGCUGGAUGUAUGAGACAGCUUCAUGGGCGUGAAGGACCACCUGGAGGAUGGGACAGGCCACAUCCUCAGCCUGGGGCUGGAUCUGGACUACCUCCACGUGGAAGGUGCUGAGCGGCAGGUCGGCCUGAGCACUGCGUCGGGCGGUGGGAACACAGGCGUCUUACAGGUCGGAGCUGGUGCCUCGAGUAACAGCAGCAACAGUAUUGGCAGCAGUAGCACAAGUUUUAGCACCAAUUCAAGCUGCAGCAGCAGCAGUAGCUGCAGUAACUUCUCUGACAGUGACGAUGAACGGCUUCAGAAUGGGUCUGGUUCUGAAUCUCAAAACCCUCAGCAAGAUCAGCCCCAUCUACACCACAGAGAGUCCUCUUCAGUCCCUCAGACCGUCAGGCUGGACCUGGCACCAAACCGAUCCACUGGAGACCCCCCACAGCCAGAGACUUCACCUCCCAUCGACCCCGUCACAGACUACCGCUCCAAGGUGGAGUUUGCUCUCAAGCUAGGCUACUCUGAGGAGCUGGUGCUGCUGGUGCUGAGGAAACUGGGUCCAGAUGCGCUUAUCAAUGAUGUUCUGGGUGAGCUGGUCAAACUGGGGACCAAGACAGAGAUGGAGCAACAAGGAGGUUCGACUGUCUCCCAGUCUCCCUCCUCCUCUUUGUCGUCCUCUCUGGCCUGCUCCUCCUCCGACUCCUCUCUGGACUCCUGUCGGCUGCUGUGUCCGUCCCAGCUGCUGGAGGACAAAGAAAACCUUCGGCCUGUUGUGGUGGACGGGAGCAACGUAGCCAUGAGUCAUGGAAAUAAGGAAGUGUUCUCCUGUCAAGGGAUCCAGCUGGCUGUUGAUUGGUUCUUGGAGCGAGGUCACCGUGACAUAACAGUUUUUGUCCCUGCCUGGAGGAAGGAGCAGUCACGACCUGAUGCUCUCAUCACAGACCAAGAGAUCCUACGGCGACUAGAAAAAGAGAAGAUCCUGGUCUUCACUCCGUCUCGCCGCGUUCAGGGACGCCGUGUGGUUUGCUACGACGACCGCUUCAUCGUCAAACUGGCCUUCGAGUCAGACGGCAUCAUUGUUUCCAACGACAACUACCGUGACCUAGCCAAUGAGAAGCCAGAGUGGAAGAAAUUCAUUGAUGAGCGUCUUCUGAUGUACUCAUUUGUAAACGACAAGUUCAUGCCACCAGACGACCCACUGGGACGCCACGGACCCAGUCUGGAGAACUUCCUGAGGAAGAGGCCAGUUAUUCCUGAACACAGGAAGCAGCCAUGUCCUUAUGGGAAGAAGUGCACAUACGGCCACAAGUGCAAGUUUUACCACCCUGAAAGGGGCAGCCAGCCCCAGCGUGCAGUGGCAGACGAGCUCCGCGCCAGUGCCAAAAUUUCAUCAGUAGCUUCUAAAGGUCUACUGGAAGAUGCCCUGAUGAUGAAGAGCCAAAGUCCUCGUCAACCAGGAGGAUUGACCGAGGCUGAGCCAACACAGGGCACUCCAAAGAAACAGCCAAACGCCAGCCCUUGGAGCUCUUUCACUGACCUGUUAGAGGACAGGCUUCGAAUCCAGUCCAAAGUGGAGGGACGAAGGGGAAGCAACAGCAGCAGUAGCAGCAGUAGUUGUAGCAGCAGCUUUCUAGCGCAUCCUGCUCCAGGAGGGCCGCCUUCAUUGGGAAGCUUUGACCGAUGGGAGCACCCUGGGGGAAGUGGUGGAGGCAGCUCCAAGGUUGCAGGAGCGUCUGGACGAAGCCAGGCUGAAACCUACCACAGAUGUGAGUCUCCAGAGCUGGGCUACGGCUCACUGGUGAAAGCCUACUCCAGCCUCAGUCUGGUGGUGCCACAGAGUCCUGAAAGCUCUUUCACAGCUGAUCUGCGAGCUGGAUCGCUGCUGUCAGACUGUAGCAGUGAAGGCAGCAUCAGCUCAGACUCUUUCUCCCCUGACCCCUCAUUAGAUGAUGGACCCAAGUGCUACCAUCAUCACCACCAUCCUCACCACCAUCAUCACUGCUCUGCCCAGUACACUCAUCCUGUAAGCCGUGUUCCCCCUGGACUGGGCCUCCAGCAUGCUCCUCAUGGCUAUCCUGUUCCUCAAGCACCGAGGAGACAAUACGGUUUGGGUUUUGAAGACCACACACCUUCUGUUACCUCUCUUGCAUCUCCACGUCCCUUCAAGCCUCCUUCAGCGUACAUCUCACCCCACCUUCACCAUCCAUUGCUGAGCAGUUUCCCAGUGGAGUUCUCAGCUCGUCCACCCCAAACAUCCCCCGCUCACUCCCACUCUCAGAGCACCCCCCUUGGCCGAAAUGUGAUGGGCUCCCUUUGGCAGGAAGGCGGGCUUCAGGACCCCCAAGUGUACAAAGAGUCACCACGUCAUACCCCAAGGAACUGCUCUGGGAUAAACCAGCAACCAGAGCAUCAGAUAAACUGGGACCCUCAUUACCAGCAGUCCCCUAAGCCUCGCUAUGAUUCGUUCGCUUUGCAGAGUCUUCCUGAAGUCCAAGAAAAGGCUUGGCACUCUCUUUGGGGCAGGCAAGCCCAUUCAUCACCCCGUGGCCUUUCAGCAUCGAGUCUCCCACAGCUCCCACAGCUAUCACUAACCCUUCCACCCAUCACUACCCACAAAAGCCACCUGCCCUCAGUGCCCCAGCACCAGGAGCCCCCUGCCUUGGGUCGAUACCAGGACCUUAGAGAGAGGGUGUUUGUUAACUUGUGCCGUAUCUUCCCUCCCGACUUGGUGAGGAUGGUGAUGACCAGGAACCCUCAUGUGAUGGAUGCUCAGGAGCUCGCAGCUGCGAUUCUGAUGGAGAAAUCACAGCACGGUUCUUAACCAGGCUUUCUUCUGCAGGUUUAUCCCUCGCAAUCGUGUUAGUUUUUGAUGUCAGAUUGGACACACACAAACCAAAAGUACAAGAUGUAAAGCUCCUUAAAGGAACACUUCAAUGGCAAAAUGACCAUUUGUAUAUCAGUUAUUCACCAGAUGAUUGAAUUGAAUUGAAUUCGUGAAAAAAACUUUGGUUUUCUUGCAUGCUAUCAUGGUUAACGGAGAAUCCAAAAAGGUGAACAUUUGUUAUGAAUUGAAGUAAACAUUUAACAGCAAAACUAGAUCAAAGCAUCAGUUUCCAAACUCACACAAAACUUGUGCAGCAUAAUCCAAAUCUCAUUUAUCUGAAUGCUCAGUGCUUCCCAAACACAUGCAUUUCCGUAAAACCUUACGACUAAAACACGUCAAUGCAAACCUUGGAUGUAUAACGAGAACUGGAUACAAGUGGGACCCAAUUCACUCCUUGUAAGUUGUUCAGUAGCACAUGAAGCCAAAACAUCUGACUGCUGUAAAAUUACUGCUUUUGCAUCAUUGGGCCCAUUUAGCUGAGCUGGCUACUUCCAUUUUAGCACUUCGCUAACUCAAAUGGGGAUAAAAAAUGCGAAUGUCAUCAGACCAAAUGGAUCAGAUUCUGAUAGUAAAUUGCCCCCUUUUUUUUGCGGGGGUUGUGACCCUCAAAAAACGUAUCCACUGAUUUACAGAUGUCUCUUUCAUAAUGUAAGUCUAUGGGAGGAGGUUUUUUAGGCCCAAUGGCAUCACAUGACAUUCCACAAUUUAGCCACCACAGAAAGCACUUUCUUGGGACCAGGUACAAACAGUUUGAUGCAUGGGCAAAUCACAUGCUCAGGCAGGCAUGUUCAAGGGUUGCUACUCGUGGGUAGAAGUGUUUUAUAUUGUGAUGUUUUAGCCAAAACAUGCAUGUGUUUGGGAAGUACUGCUCAUACGACCGGAUAAUUGAGACUUGGGUUAUUUUGCAGUUGUGUGAAAGUGGGUAAAUGGAUGUUUUGAUAUAGUUUUAAUUUUGUUUUGUUGACCAUAGGCCUCGUAUACUCCAGUUUAUGAAGGAUAUUCAGCUUUUUUGGAUUCUUCGUUCACAGACAAGGCAUGUAAGAAAAAACAAAGUUUUCUUUAUAGAUUCAAGGCAACCAGUGGUGAGUAUUUGAUGCACAAAUGGUCAUUUUGCAGGUGAAGUAUUCCAAGUUGUUGAUGAACUGCGUAUUUUCAUUGCAGGGAAGAUGUCUCAUUAAUUUUAAUGGUAUUUUUGUAAAGGGAAAUCCCCAGAUCGCCAUAUUUUCUAUAAAUAUGUCUGAUAUUUCAGCACUUAAGAUCAGGGAAGGUUGGGGUUUGAUGUUUGCAACACUGGCGUGCUUAGGGAGGCUUUUAAUGUGUUUCAAGGGUGACAGUAUUGUUCGUUUUAAAUUAACUUAUUUGUUAUAUUUUAAGUUAUUUACAUAUUUUGAAAUUAUUGUUUUUGGCACUUUUUGUCUUUUUUUUUGUUUGUUUUUUUUGGCAAUCAUAUCAGGGUAUAAGUCAAGCUCAAAUUCAUACUUUCCAUCUGAGUGAAAUACUUCUGUUUUCCCGUCACUGAGAUGAUGAGCGUGGGGUGUGUGGAAUAAUAUAGAAAAUUUAAUUACCCAUUGCCAGUAUAAUCCUACUGUAUUUAAUGCUCGAAUUAGCUCAAGAAACGGAUCAGGGGUUUCUCUUCUGUGCUGACAGGUGGCCGAUGAGAUGUUGUGGUGAUAUUCGGUGGAUUUCCCCCCACAGGGAAGUGAAACUGAAGCAGCACCCACAAAAGCAGAUCGCAAAAACUCCACUCGAAAACCCCAAGCUGGUGUUGACUUUUGAAUGAGCUUAUUUCCUCUGCUAGGAUAGCCCUGUCAGCUGACUUCACACUCCAUCAGCUUUCAGUACUGAUUUUUGCUUUUUUAAACACACCGUCUGUUUUUUCCAUCUUUAAAACACAUAAAUCACGUAAAGGUGCUGCUGCUCACCGGAAAUCUUGAGGUGGAAAUAAGAUUGUUGGUAUUAUUUUGAUUAUAAUUUAAAAUAUGUGUUAAUUUAUUACCUUUUAUGUGUGUGAAUGUCUGUCGUACAUGAGACACAGGGUCUCCUUUGUCAGUGGUGACACCACGGGGAGGGUUUCACUGCCCCAAACAGGGUAAAACUCUUUUGUACCCUUCAGUUAGAUUCACAGCUUUGCAGUAAACGACAGGAACAGACUGGCAAGAGUUGAGAAUGAAAAUCUUCCCACAGAGUUUAUUACCAGACACUUAAUAUCAUGACAACAGUGGGAACACCUAAAGAUGGUCGUUUUUAGUUCUUCAGACUUUUCCCAGAGGCACAAAUAAUCUCAUUGGUUAAAUUAAAACACAGAGGUUUACGCCUGCUCCACAUGUACAUGUAGCUUUUACCAUGUGUUUUGGUCUUUUGUUCACACGCAAACUGCAUUUUAUUUCACUAAAACAGGCCUUUUGUAAAGCUCAAAAAAAUCCUUCAAUAACUAUGUUUACAUGCACAAAAUGUUCUGCCAUUAUUCUGAGAAAGACACCAGUCAUAGCGAGCUGUUUACAUGACUAAUGAAGAUGAAUAUUCCACUAACACUUCUGUUUACAUGCAGCCGUGCACACUGCCACUAACAUGCCAUAACAUGUUGUUUAUCACAUCAAAAUAUGGAAACGUGGAACAGCUGGAGCGCUUGUUAUUUUGCUACUUCGUGGUUGUGCGGUGCGAUCACAGCCUCCCUCAUUCAUUCCUUCCACCACCUGCUUGAAAAGACUGGCAUUGUGAUAUUUCUGCAUAUCUUAAAACCUAUCGAUAUCCAAGUCUUUAAUAAUGUUUAAAAGUAGCUGUGUUUUUCCUUCCGACCAGAAAUGUAGACUUUCCUUUUACACAUGCGCCUUGCCAAACUGUUGGUGAGUUGUUUGUGUACUUCAUAUCCAUGACAACGCACAGAGCCCACCAUGAACAGGCGAGAUGCUGUAUGUCGCAAACUGUGGUGAAGAUCCCAAUUAAGACGCUUAUUCUGAAUGUGGUGUAUACACGUCCAAAAAAUGCUCCUAAAACCUGAAUAAUAUCCACAUUUCUCACAUCUACAUUGGACAAUUCGAAACAUUUGGCAGAUUCGAUAUAAGGCCUAAUUUGGAAAAUUCAAAUGGGACAGGAAGUUUCAAAUUUGGAAUAUUGUCAUACUUGGAAUAAUGGUGUGCAUGCAAACGUCAAUAUUUACAGAUAUUAAAGCAGAGUUUUUGGCCUGUGACAUCAAAGUGCGCACUGUUAUUUCACUUGUGAGGCGUCACAAAUGAGGCGGCAUUUUGUGCAAUGGCAGAAGUGAUCAAAAUAGUGCUAGUUCUAACCGUGCUUGCAGGACUUUUCACAUGUCUACACAUUAAUGUACAGUUACUCUUCCACUAUAGUGAGACACAGAGGCGUCAAACACGAAAGUCACUGCUGCAUUAGAUUUUCAAUUUUUUUUGCCAAACAUUGGGAGCCAUUCAAAAAAGACGCUGGAGGCCAGGAAAAAAAACCAUGCCAUGUUGACACACGCCCUAUGUUUUUUUUUUCAGGCUUCUGAUUGGCUAACAACUUCUUCAUGUGUGGCAUACAUGGCUUUAGGGUUAUGGUUAUAUUGCCGCCAGUUGGUUUGCUCUUGACAUUUUUUUUUUCAAUUACAAAAAUAUAAGCAGUGAUAAUUUUCUUAAUUCAAUUAUGAUCAUCAAGGACAUGAACUUAUACCUCACUGAAUACUUACUAAUAUGACUUGUUUUAUUUUGGCAAGUCUAAAUUAAGUAUUUUUUAAGUAUCAAAAGUAAUGCUCUGUGCAGCGAUUGCAACUUACAAUUAUUUUAAAUAAUUAAUUUAUUAUUCAAUCUAUAAAAUGUCAAAAAAAUUGCAAGAAUUCAUACCACAAGUAAAUUACUGUAAUUAAUUUCUCAUCAGUAUUUUUUAAACAACUGCUUCUUUCCUGCUCUUCUUCUUCUCUUUCAAAGUAUUUUUAGGUCUCUUAAUGUAAAGCACUCUGAAAAGCAUUUAUUGAAUGAAAUUAUAAUAUUAGUAAUUCUUUUAUUGUGUUUACCAAUGGGAUUAUUUCGAUGUCUGAGGAACUGUGUGUGAAGCCAAAUUAACUCUUGCCUGGUCGACACACUCUCUAUUAGCCAGAUGACACCGCGCUUUGUUGAUACAAAUUGUAUCCUGUAAACUUUUUAAACCAGAUCAUUGUUUUAUAUGAGAAUAUUUAAACUAAAAAUAUUUCGAGUUGAAUAUUUUGAGUAUUUGUGGCAAACUUUGUCACGUUUGGUGCGUUGCCUUUUAUUUAUAUGAAAGGGGUUUUUAAUUCCCUUUUCGUUCCAAGUGCAGGAAGUCUCAGUGCACUUUUUGGAAACAGCUGUUGUUGUUGAUAUUGUCAGUGAAAGCACGGUGCUGUGCAGCCCCCCAGAUAAGUUGGCCAAACCAUAAUGAAAAGCAGAGAUGACACUGAUGGUGGUUAAGGGUGGCAAAACUAAAGGUGUGGUCUCAUAACUGGUGAAACAUAUUGAAGCUUGUCAGCGUCACAUCAGAGCCGUAUAUCUGAUCAUUUCUGGAGCAAAAAUAAACUGUGGGGGAAAAAGAGCAGGUUUUAAUGCUUGCAUCUCAGAUUUGUGCCACAGGCUCUGAGUCUCUCGUGACGCCUUUCCCACAAAGUUAAAACCACAUUUUCUUUCUCUUCUUACCUGAAAAGCUCUUUUCUCCAGGGUGGUACUGUAACCUAAAGGGGGGCGGUCUCAGUCUCAGGAACACGUCCUCAGUGAUUCCUGCCUCUCGUGCUGUAACAUAACGGCUGAUUAAGUCAGUCAGAUACCUGAGGUGCUCCCACCCUGCUGGUCUGGCUGGCACUGUGUGUCAGCGUCUGACUCUCUACAGAUUAAUUAAACAAACCUCUGAAGGUGUUGUGUCAACAUUCCUGUGGAUAUUAUUUAGUAUAUGAGGGCAGAAACUAUUUUUCUAUUGUCAUGAACUUGUUCAGAGAUAUUUUUCUAAGUGUACGUGUUUAUCUGCAACAAGAGAUUGUCGUCAGUGUUGCUGAACGAGGGGACGUGAACAUUAAUAACUGCUGAUGUUACAGUGUUUGGUUUCCUCCACAAGUGUUACUUGACAGUGUUCAGACUGAAUGUGAGCAAAGUUACACCUCGCUUUGCUACAUUUUUUUUUUCACCACAAAAAGCCGGAGGCCGUUGCACAAAACACCUUAAGUUGAGCUUCUCCUUUAAGUCAGAGUUAAGGUUUCCUCAAAAUAAAAUCGGUUGCACAAAACACCCUUAAGUCUUUUCCUUUAGGCUGUCUUAAAAUGUUCACUUAAGUAUUUAAGGUUUCCUCCUUGUCUUGGUCUCACCCUUAAGGAAUCCCUAAACCACUGCACAAAAGCCCUUAGCUACCAAAGUAAGGAUAAAAAAAUAAAAUAAGAAAAAAAGAGUAUUAACUGAAUCAAUUUCCAUUGCAGUUUCCUCCCACAGUCGUUGUUUUCUGCUAUUUGGGGAUCACAUUUACUUUUAAUAGGUGCUGUCUACUAUUGUAAACCUUCAGAGGUACAACCUUUUUUUCCAGGACGAAUUUGGUUUUCUUGUCGUCUUUUCUUCUGCCUUUUUUUUUGACUAUCUAUAGCCCAACGUUAUGAGGCCAUAACAGGAAUCACAAGUGUGAGUCCAAGCAAACAAACUUCAGGGAAACUUUUACCACUUUAAAAUCUCUUUCAAGGGAGUAAAUGCCAUAUUGUUUUUCAUUUUAAGGGAAUCUGGGAAACACCCUUAAAUAAGCCCCUCAGUUGAGGAGAAAUUAAGCCUUAAAUGUCAUACUUAAGGAGAAAACCUAAAGUGUUUUGUGCAACCAUGCCCAGAAUUUCUGUUAGGUAGCAACAUACGACCUGCAUGUGUGCUAUGUUAAGUGUGUGCCAGCUCGGAUUCGGACUGACCUUAAACUUAUCAUUCCAGUUCUGUUGUGUUUCUUGAGCUUUUCUCCUCUCUUGUCAUCCCUAUAUGUUCACUAAGUGUUUCAGCUUUGGAAAAUCACAUUAUUUUGGUCACACCACUGUGUGUGGUGCUGCGGUGAAACAAUGAGCGUGCUCGUUAAGAAGCAUUGUGCACAGGCCUUCCUCACAACACAGGUGCUGCUGUAAACGUUAACGAUGGCUCUGCUCUCGUCAGGUGUCUCAGUCACACAGUGUUCACAGCUGCUGCCUUCAAAUGGAAGUGGUGAGCUUGUGGUUUUGAGUGGAAAAAAAGAAACUAGCAACGACAGCAUUAGGUAAUAUUAAAGGUGUACUAUGCAGUUUACCUGAAAAACAAUGUAUAAAAUCACACAAAAGCAAAGGUUAAGAUAAACCAGUAGCAGAGGACUGUUAUUUUGCCAAAAUAAAAGACAUUUACACAAUAAAUCGGUGCAUAGAAAUUCACCAUAAUGUUCAUAUGGACUCAUGAAGACAGUGACCCCAUUUGAAGGCAGCUAGCUAACAACUGGAAACCGAAGAUGCUUAAAGAAAUACUUCAUCUACAAACCAUUUGUAUAUCAGUUACUCACCACAUGUUGUCUUGAAUUUGUGAAGAAGUCUUAAACGCCUCCAUGGCGAAUGGAGAAUCCAAAAACGGUAAACAUUCGUCAUGAAUUUAAGAUAAUAAAACCACGUUUAACAACAGCAAAACAAGUACCAGUCGUACGCUCACUUCUUCCCCAGACACAUGCAUUUUUGCUAAAACUUUCCAAUUUAAAACUCAUCAGUACAAACAGUGCACGGAUGUGUUUGAUACACAUACACACGUGCACGCUCAGGCACAGGGCGUGCUAUUCAAAAGUAAAUGGUUUUUCUGUUGUUACGUUUUAGCGAAAAUGCACGUGUUAGAGAAGUACUGAGCGUACGAGUGGAUAAAUGAGACUUAGAUUAUACUGCAUGAUUUGUGUGAGAGUUUGUUAAAUGUUUACUUCAGCUCAUGAAGAAUGUCACCUUUUUGGAUUCUCCGUUUAUCAGUGAGGCAUUCAAAAACAGUUUUCUUCACAAAUUCAAGGUAAUGGUAGUUGAUAUACAAAUAAUAAUUUUGUGGCUGAAGUAUUCUUUUAAUUUUUUACUUUUAAUUACAGUUAAUUUAAUUCAGAUGUAUUCCUGUGCUUGUUCUACUGCGAUGUGUCAAAACCUGCCUCACAUUCAGCCUGAACACCUUUAACAAUUUAUGUGUUGGUUUUGUCUCGACAGACGUUUUGUGAUUUGUUUCUCUUGUGACUAAAAUGGCCUUAAAUCCAGCUGCAUUAUCCAACAGGAAAUAUGUAUAAAAUAUCAACAGUGUCCCUGUUUAUCAGUCUGUUCCAACAUUUAUUACUAAUGUGCUUUAAUACAGCUUCAUGAUGAUAGUGCCACUUUUUCAGGGACCAAAGCCGAGUAAAAGGCUGUGUAUUGCUUUCCAGUGUUUCCCCCUUUGUUCAGGUCAGUGGUGGUUAUAUGAAACCAAAAUUAAAAGAAGAUAUUGAAGUGUUUGGCCAUUGCUGCUGUUUCAUUGUGUGUCCUGGUGGCAGGUGGAGAGAUCUCGUUCCAAAAGACACUGUCAUGUACAACAUGCUGAUUCAUAAGGUAUAUUGAUUAAGCCUGGUCAAAUUGUGUUUCAGAAGUUUCAUGUAAUAAUGUACCUGCAUGGCAUUUACUGUGUCUCUGCUAUUUUUGUCCUUCUGUAUUUUAAGAAAACGUUAAUGUCUUUUAGGAGUGGGUCUCUUCAGAUGUUUGUGCCAAAGGGCCGUGGAACUGGACUGAGCUUUAGGAAAUGAAACCCAAAAUAAAAGCAUGAAAAACAAACUUGUCAUAUCACCUUCAGACACUAGUAAACUGUGGCCAAAUGAGACGUGUUGACUGUUCUUGUGUUUGAUGUAAAAGUGAGCAAUAAAAGCCCGACUCAAGCUUU